AUGAAAUUUUCUUCUAAUAUUUUAAAGUACGGUAUUGUUGCCGCUGGAGCGGCUAAAGUGGCUUUAGCUGGUGGUGUAGACGGCGUCGGUAAGAUUCCCUUCUCUAAGCGCUAUGGUAAAAGUUUUGAUGAAUCCAGACAAAUUUCCUUUUCAGAAAAGGGGACUGGUGGUGAUGAUCAAGAAAUUGACAUCUCCAAUCAAAAUGUUUACUAUUCAGCUAGUAUUUAUUUGGGGACUCCUGGUCAGGAAUUAACUCUGCUUUUGGACACGGGAUCUUCAGACCUGUGGAUUCCCCAAAAAGGUGGAUACCACUGUCAAAGUGAUUCUGACGAUGCUACAAAGGGCAAAAGCAGUGGUAUCGCCUCUCAACUGUUUUCAAUUGCUAGCGCCGAGGGUGGACCUUCUCCAUCUUUGACAACUACCCUCAUUGGCUCAUCUGGAGGAUCUCAUCCUGAUCCAUUGGAGCCUACCAAUAGAAAUGUGCAACCACCAGCAGCAAUUACAGCUAGCGCUCUGGAAGAAAGCUGUCAAAGCUCCUCUGGCAAUUUUGAUCCAAAUAGCUCCAGUUCCUUUAAUAAGAAUGACACCGUAGAUGGAUUUUUCAUUGAAUAUGGUGAUAAUUCUUACGCUUCAGGUUACUGGGCUACUGAUGACCUCACUGUUGGUGACAUUAGCGUCAAAGAUAUGACAAUUGCAGUGGCAGACGAUACUAACUCCAGUGUUGCUGUCUUUGGUAUUAGUUACCGUGGACUUGAAUCUUCUGUCUUUGGGGACAACCUUCAAGAUCCUCAUGAGUAUGAGAACUUUCCUUACUUGUUGAAAGAUCAGGGUAUUGUCAAAAGAAAUGCAUACUCUCUUUACUUGAAUUCUGCUGGAGCCAGCGAUGGUAAUAUUCUAUUUGGCGGUGUGGACCACAAUAAAUAUUCAGGCGACUUGUACACUCUGCCCGUCUUAAAAGGCCAGGAAGACUCUGAUCCAUGGGAACGUUUCGUUGUCACUGUUCAGGGUAUUGGUAUCAAGGGCAGCGAAACACAAAAUACAUUAACCACUACUCCAUUCAUUGGGUUAUUGGACUCCGGUACCACUGCAGUCUACUUGCCAGAACCAGUUGCUGACAUGGUCGCAAACGCUUAUGGCGGUUCCUUUGAUGAUGAUCCAGAGGUUCAAUCCUACGUUAUUUCAUGCCCAAGUGAUGAUGAAAAGAUUGUUUUCAACUUUGGAGGAUUCAACAUCGAAACUUCUUUAAGUAACUACAUUACAGAUAAUGGCAACGGGCAGUGCAUUCUCAAUAUCUCCCCAACCAGUGAUUACAUGGGUAUCCUAGGUGAUUCCUUUUUGAGGGAUUCCUAUGUGGUCUACGACAUGGAUAAUAAUGAAAUAUCUUUGGCACAAGCUAACUUUGACUCCACUGAGGACGUUGAAGCAAUUACAGGUCCAGUUCCCGGUGCAACUAAAGCCCCAGGAUACUCUAGCACUUACAGCGGUCCUCAAACAUUCCAAACCGGUGGUAACAUCUUUUAG